AUGGGGGAACGGGGCGCGACGGGGGGCGCUUGGGGUGCGCGCGACGAUGCCUCAUGGUGGUCAGGAGGCUCAGGUGAACUUCAACACCAACAACAAAUAAAUGAGGAAAUAGCUAGAAGCACAGCGGCUGCUACUCAUCAAUUGUAUACUUAUAAAAUGACUGGAGGAUUUUCAAACAAUGGCGGAGAUAAUUCUACCCCAAAUUUCGAUUAUCGUAUGAUUAGUACUCCAAGUACUAGGGAGGAGUCUCCUCAACAACCCUGGUGGUAUGCUUCGGCGUCAGUAGAAAAUCAGCAAGCUUCAUCUCCUUCGUCUCAAAACCAAGGUAGUUCAGAUUCGGAACAAAAUAAUCAACAGACAAACGGUAUACAGCAAAGCCACCAGGCAUUACAACAACAAGUACAAAAAGAACAAAACCAAAUACAACAGCAACAGAAUCAAUUACAACAACAGUUGCAACAACAUCAGAACUUACAACAAGCUCUUCAGCAACAGGCUCAAAACUUACAGCAAUCUUUGCAACAGAACCAGCAACAGACAUUGCAGCAGAUGUUACAGCAACAACAACAGAUACAGCAGCAGCAGCAGCAGCAACAGCAGCAGCAGCAGCAGCAGCAGCAACAACAACAACAGCAGCAUCAACAACAACAACAACAACAACAGACAAAAAUAGAUCAACAAAAUAACCAGCAAAACUUGAUACAAGUUUCACAAGCUCAAGCUCAAGCACUUGUGCAAGCUCAAGCAGCGUUACAACAGCAAGUUGUUCAGACAUUACAACAACAACAACAAAGUCUGCAGGAACAUUUACAAGCUGUCCAACAACAACAAAUUCAAGCUGCAUUACAAAGGCAAUCUGCUACUCUUCAGGAAUUGCAGCAACAAGCUCAGCAGCAAGCCUUAAUAGCUCAAAAUACCGUAAAAACAAGGAUGCCACGAGCAAAACCAUGCAACAAGCCGAAAGGGCGCAUGACCGCAUAUGCGUUCUUUGUACAAACUUGCCGGGAGGAGCAUAAGAAGAAGUAUCCUGAUGAAAAUGUUGUGUUUGCAGCAUUCUCAAAAAAAUGCGCGGAACGGUGGAAUACAAUGUCAGAAAAAGAGAAGCAGAGAUUCCACGGAAUGGCUGAUCUGGACAAGAAGAGAUACGAUCUGGAAAUGAUGAACUACGUGCCGCCCAGAGACCUUAAGAUGCGCCUGCGCAAGCGACAGAAUGCUAAGGAUCCCAACGCACCAAAACGAUCGCUGUCAGCAUUCUUCUGGUUCUGCAACGACGAGAGGUCAAAAGUGAAGGCGAAUAAUCCAGAAUACACAAUGGGCGAUAUAGCCAAAGAGCUGGGCCGGCGCUGGGCCGCCGCCGACCCGGAGACCAAGUCCAAAUAUGAGGCUCUCAGUGAGAAGGAUAAGGCGAGAUAUGAUCGGGAGAUGACAGCAUACAAAAAGGGUCCUCUCGCAUUACAGCAUCAGGUGCAGCAGUUGGAGGUUGAGGAGAAUGUAGUUGAGUACGAACGGAAUGAAGAGUAUAAGUGAAAUACCCAAUAGUAUUAUAGAUUAAGUUUGUCAUUAACAUUUCCCACUGGUAUUUUGUUGGUCGAGUGAAUGUAACUCUUGAAGUUAUGGGCAGAUAGUUCUUUUUAGAUUUGCUUUGGUUGAUACUUGACGUGUUGUUAAAGGAGUUGAUUUGAGCUCACACGCAUGUUAUGCUUGAGUCAGUGUUUGAAUAUAUAUCUCGUAUAUGAAUUAUAUAACUAUAUAUUUAAAAAUUAAUUGCUCUUUUGUUUUGUUGAACUUGCUGGUGGUCUGACCGAUAUGCCCAAUUCUGAUCUGAAAUCUGAUCUUGAUAUAUUUGUGCAAGAGACAGUUGUAACUGAAUAUGUAUUUCACAAAUAUAUCUAGUUAUUAAAUAUGUUAUUCAGAUAUAGUUUAUGUUUAUAUUCCUAAAUUAAGAAAAAAACGGAUUAAGAUAUUUCUUUUUUAAUUUAGUCAUUGUUUUGUUAUCUUGAAUUGUAUAGCAAAAUUUGGAAAAUGUUUCUCGAUUAAAAUAUGCCGUAUAAGGCUUGCUGAACAACUAAGCUGAAAUAUUCUAAGAGUGGAUGCUGAAACAUUACCCGCCUUUUUCGUAUUCGUACAAAUUUUAUCAUCACAAAGUCCCAUAAGAUUUUUAAAAAUAUUCAUGAAUCGAAUAUUGUGAUUUCUUUAUCUCAUUGUUACAUCUGUUAGCAAACUGUGAGCAUUGAAUCACAUAUGAAUUCAGAUAAGAAAAACUUAUUUUCUCUUCAGUGUCAACUUAUUUUAUACGACCAAUUCGAAAAAACUCUUUUUUGAGGACGAUACAAACGGAUGUAAUAAAUUUAUAUUCAUUUAUAGGAUUAUUUAACACUUGUUUUUUUUUUUUUGUAUAAAACUUACAAAUCUUUAAUGAAAAUGAAAAAAAAAUGUUGAAUUUAUAGUUUUUAUAUACUAUCUGUUGAUACAGAUAGGCGUUUAACAAACGCGUAUAAGUAACAAAAUUGUAAAAAUAAAAAUAAAGUGAUUUAAUGAGCAACGAUUUAUUUUUGUAUUGUUGUUAUAAUAUCUAAAUCGCGUAGGGAAUUGUACAUGAUAUGUUGUAUCGCUUAAAUUUAAAUUCAUGACAUUUUCGCGAGUCAUUUCAUGUAAUAAUAUACACAUUGCCAUCUUCAUGAAAACUGUAGUGAAUUAGUUUUAUUUAUAUAACUUUACUGUAUCUUUGACUGUUAUUUUUCUUACGUAAAGAACGACAAUGGUUCUGAAAUUUAAAAAAAUUGUUUUAACUUACGCUAGCAACAGAGACACGUAUAGGCUACGGUAAUCUCCCACCUCUAUCGAGGAAUUGAUGCCUAUUUUAUUUAUCAUAACUGUAGAUGAGACAGGGAGCAAUCGGCACACAUACAUAUGCACACAAGCACACGCACUUUGUAUUUGAUCAUUUUAUUGUGCAUUUACACAUUCGUGUUUACCAUUCGCUUCAUCACUCGAUGUAACAUUCGUAUACGAGUGUCGUCUUGAGCCACUGUUCGUGUUAACUAUUCGUGUUGUAAAUAACGUAAAAAAAAUUUUUUUUUUCACGCAAAUUGCGAAAAAUUUUUAAAGUGAGAAUAGAGUGCACUGUCUACAUAUGUGUGUGUUUUGCACGAAUGAGUAAGUGCUCUACGAAUGUGGUAUUUAAGCAAAUAAAAUGUAUUACUACGACAGCAUAAAUUAUAUGCUUUGAUUCAAUACGUUCAGCUAAACAAUGUCUCAACAUAUAAUAUACGUUAAUUGUUAGAAUUGGAUUCAAAAUUUUAUUAAACAGGUUUUCAUUCAUUCUUUCUCUUUGAGUACGUUCAACUUUCGCCCCAAUAUCUAUCACCUGUUAUAUUAUUUUAAAGCGGCCGAAUAUUCUCGUUUGUCGUUGUUAUUUUUGUUGUUAUUUUUAUUGAUUCAUCGGCCAUUUCUAAUUCGUAUUAAUCUUGUUAAGCAAUAAUGUCUUUCGGCAACAUAACGCGACGGCGGAAUAUGAUCUUUGGUUGAAUUGAUUUGUAUCAGUUAUACAAUACAUUGUUUUUAUGGAACUUAAAAAGUAGGUAUAGGUUUUAUGUCUUGUAAGAGAUUUAAUCAUACUAAAAGUAAAUAAAUAGCUGGGUUUUUUAUAGUAAAAAGGGGACAAUGCAAAACACAUUAACAUAUUAUGCUACUAUUGAGAAGUAGUUAAACUGAAAGUCUGGUUAUUUUUGUAUACUAGACAUUUAUGGCAUUUAUGGAAUACAAAACAAUUGGUGUAAAGUUCGAGUUAAAUGAAAAAGAAAGGUGUUUUCCAAGUACCUCUCUGGGGUCUACAUCUCACGUAUUUUUUAAUACUUGUGAAUAUCAUAAACGUUUAAUUAAAAAGGCCGAAAAUUAAUAGAAAUUACCCUCGAUAACACUAUCUGUGCAGUGUUCGACAAACUUGUUCGUAAACAAUCCACUUGGGAUUCAUAUUAUUGUCUCAAAGGCAUAAGUGACUUUUGUUUAGCAUCGUUUAGCAGAUAUGCCCAUAUUGAUACUAUACCAUCUUAAAAUACUGUGAUAAUUACGUAUGUUAAAUUACAUUUAAGGUGCUAUGUGUUUAUAUGGACAGGUUUAUAUUCUUUCGCAUUAUAUUGCCUUAAGACCUACGCAGCAAUAGCUAGUUUAGAGUUACGAAUAUAAGAAGUCAUUACUAUGGUAUUUAAGGCGUGUAAGUUAGAUAUAAGCGAUGAACGGAUAAAUAUUUUAAUACUUAUCGAAAUUGUAAAUAUUUAUAUAGUCUGUCUAGUUAAAUUAUAUUUCUGUAAGAUUUUCUUAGAUUGUUAUGUUUUCAGUUUAGGUUCUAUAGAAAUGAUACUGAAUCCCAUUGCUAUUGCGGAUUAUGUUUUCUAUAUCCGUUAAUGAUUAGAACAAAUAGUUGUCAAUGUCGAUUCAUCUACUUAAAAGUUCUGUCAAAUGUCAAUAGCUAUAUAAAUAGAUCAUUUUUAAUAAAUAUGUAUUCGAAAGUUGUUCUAUUUUUUCUAAUCAAGGGUUACCAUAAUGUAAUGUACCAAAAUAUGGUAUUACACAGAAAAAAAAAAUUCGCAUUGAAUGUCUAAUGGACUGCAGACGUGAUGGUACUUAAUCAUUAUUUAAAAAAUGUACAUACUUUGUCCUACCGUUUUGAUCGAAUAUAUACAUAAAACA